UCUCUCUCCCCCUCUCUCUCUCUCUCUCUGUUGUGCCUGAUCUCGAUUCUUUAAAAGAGUUUUACCACUCUACAACUUAGGCCCUUUUGCCGUCUCAAAUCUCUAGUUUCCACCUUUGCAGGACACAACUCUCUCUCUCUCUCUCUCUCGCUCUCUCGCUCUCUGUCUCGGCUAAUGGAUCCACCUUACCAUAAUUCACCACCUUCAACUUUUCUUGACCUUAACAUUGAAGAUCAUGGCCACCAUCACUUAUUCACUCUAAAUCAUGAUCAAACUUCUUCAUCUUUAUCUCUCUCAUCUCCUAAUUUCAUGAAUAUCCCACCCCAAGAUCAAGGGCAAUUUUAUUAUAGAGAACCACAAACAAUUCAAGUACAAGAGGCUGAUCAUCAUCACAAGCUUGUUUCAUCCGGCGGAUCAAGUGAUAUUCAUCCUCCAAGAGUUGCAGAGAGUGAAUCUGAUCACCACCAAAAUGAUUUGAAACUUAGCAUUUGGAAAAGUAGUACUGAAGAUUCAAAUUAUGAUCAUGACAAAAGCAGUCACGUGAGUGACAAUAACGCCGGAUAUUCGGCUAAGUGGAUGCCUUCAAAGAUGAGGAUGAUGAGGAAGAUGAUCGUGAACCCGGAUCAAACAAAUAUCGAUCAUCAUACACCAUUAAACUUCACUCACAAGUUUGAUCAAGUCAUGAAGAGAAAGCAUCCGGCAUCGCCUUUAGGUACGGAUCACAGCAGCACUUCUUCCUCAAACAACAACAACAACAACACAAUUAGGGUUUGCGCUGAUUGUAACACAACCAAAACCCCUCUUUGGAGGAGUGGUCCAAGAGGUCCCAAGUCACUUUGCAAUGCCUGCGGGAUUCGACAAAGAAAGGCGAGAAGAGCAAUGGCGGCGGCAGCUGCGGCGGCAAAUGGCACAAUUCUUGCCACGGAUGCAACCACCAUGAAGAGUAGUACUAAAGUUCAACGCAAAGAGAAGAAACCGAAAAAUGGCAACGGUGUUGUUCCACAAUUCAAGAAAAGAUGCAAACUCACGGCCUCUCCAUCUAGAGGUAGGAAGAAGAUUUGUUUCGAGGAUCUCGCGAUAAGCAUAAGCAAGAACUCAGCCUUCCAACGAGUUUUCCCUCAAGACGAGAAAGAUGCCGCUAUCCUGCUAAUGGCUCUUUCUUAUGGACUUGUUCAUGGAUGAGAGAGAGAGAGAGAUAUUGUUUAUCAUCGACAGUAUUGCUAUGAUCUGAUCUCUCCUCCAAAAGAAUGAUUUUCCAUAUCAGUUUUCUCAUAUGUAGUUUAGACCUAAGGCAUAUCCAUGUGUGAGAGUGAGCAUGUCAUGAAAUAGAGAGAAAUUAGAUUAUGUGUGAGAAAAUCAAAAUUCAAUAAAAAAAGAAAAAGAAAAGAGAGGAAAAAAAAAGGAGAGAAUAAAUUAUUAGUAGUGUACUUGUGAUCUUAGGAGCUAUGGUGGAUUGGACAAGUUGAUAACCAAAUCAUGAUGGGUCUCUUGUUCGUUAGUAUCUGCUCAUUGUGUUGUCAUACUUAAUUAAUAAAAUUCUCAAAUUAAGGCUUCUUAUUAA